CCUCCCCCUCACAUCCCUCCAUUCUCUGGUAGAUAUCUUGACAACGCAUCAACACAUCACAGACCGAGCAGGCAAGAGGAAUUCAAAUUGCCCGACUUGCUGCAGCUCUGCCUGAUCCGCCGCCCUGCUUCUGUCCAACCCCCCAGCCCGGGCGGACAAGCACCAAUCCCACUUGCCCAUGUUCAAUGUCUAUCUCGGUCUCCGGUUGCGAGAAAAGUCGUCGAAAAAAAAAAGAGCAACCGGGAUUGGGCGGUCACCCACGGAGGGGGGGGGGCGUGUGGGUUUCUCGGAGCCAAGGAAUAAAAUCCAGUGCUGCUUUUUGCUUCUCUCCUACUGUUCCUCUUCUCUGGUUCCGUCGUGGGCUCCGGGUCCAUGGACACUUCGCCUUUUUGGCUUUGGUUAGCGUCAGCGCGCUUGUUGCAAGUCUGGCCGUAUGGAUCCCCCAAGGUGCAGACAGGUUGCAGGGCGAGAUGCAGAUGGCGGCGGAUCAUGGGCAACAAAGAUCCAUUGCCCCAAUGCUCGCUCCCAAGGCCUCAUCCGCCCUUGUCCCUGUCGCCCUGUCUUUGACUUUCUGUGUCUUUAGCGCCGUGAGCUCUUGGGUCUUGGGUCUUGGGAAAGACGGACCUCCGAUUGACACUUUGACGCCCCUCCCCGGGUCCCGUUGAUGACAAGGUACAACGACGUCUCCUCCAACGGCAUCGGAACACGGCCGACGUCGAGCAGUGUGUGUGCGCGCGUGCGUGCGUGCGUGAAUGGGUGUGCGCGUGGUGGUCUCUGGGUCCAUCUAACCUGGAUCAUCCAG